AUGAGUGAUUUAUAUGACAAAGAAAUCCAAUAUCUUGAAAAUACUCAUAGAAGACUAGGCAAAGUUCUACAAGCGCGUCAAAAACGGCGUCGUUUGCAAUUGAGUUCCGCUUUGCAUUUAACAGACACUAUUCCAAUUGAAAAUUAUGAAAAUAAUCACCAGGAAAAUAAAAGUUCUCUUGAAAAUUCCGAUACUAAUGCUACAAAGAGGAAACAGUCUCAAAGCAGUUUAUCUCGUUCUAGCAUCGAUUAUGUCUUUUUUGGAGAGUUUAAGAGCAAAAGGAGAUUAAGUUCUCGUUCAAAUAUUAGCGAACAAGAGCAGUUCGAACAUGAUAACGACAAUAAUAAUUCAAAUAUAACAAAUUUUACUAUGCAAGAAAAUACGAGCAGUGGCAACAAUAAUGAAUUACAGGAUGGGGAAAAGUCUAUUCGUAAUGACUAUUGUCAACACUUUGUUGAUUCGGGUAAACGACCACAAAAUUUCAUUAGGGAUACGGAAUUAUCGCAACGUUUUGAUGAAUAUCCAAAAUUAAAAGAAUUAACUAAAAUGAAAAAUGCAUUGGUUGCUAAUAGAGCAACACCGCCAACUUAUUUAAAGGCCGAUCUAAGAACAUUUGAGUUAAAAUCAUUGGGAACGAAAUUUGAUGUCAUUCUAAUUGACCCCCCUUUAGAAGAGUUAGGUAUUGUCGAAGAUCUCCCAUGGUUGCUGAUUGAAGAUGUAGCUGCCACACCUUCUUUUAUUUUCAUUUGGUCUGGCGAUUCUGAUGGUUUAGAUCGUGGACGUCAAUUAUUACUCAAAUGGGGAUAUCGAAGAUGUGAAGAUAUUGUUUGGAUAAAAACCAAUAAGAAAUGGGAGGGAAGUCGUUUUAUUGAACCAAGAUCCGUGUUUCAGCGUACAAAAGAACAUUGUAUAAUGGGUAUUAAGGGAACAGUUCGUCGAAGUACAGACGGACAUUUUAUUCAUUGUAACGUGGAUACAGAUGUCAUUAUAUCUGAGGAACCACCAUACGGAAGUCGGUUUCAAUUUUUACUUGAUACUUCGAUGGUACAUGUUUGCUGCACAGCCAAACCAGAGGAAUUAUAUCAUAUAAUAGAACAUUUUUGCCUUGGACGUAGAAGACUUGAAUUAUUUGGGGAAGAUCAUAAUAUUCGUCCCGGUUGGUUGACUAUUGGAUUGGGAUUAUCAAGCACAAAUUUUGACCCUGCUCGAUAUGCGAAUUAUUUCGUGGAACCAAAUGGAUAUUUGUUGGGUUCAACAGCUGAAAUUGAGGCUUUACGACCUAAAUCUCCACCUCCCAGAGAAAACGCAUCAACACCCAAAGUAGGUGGUAGCGGUGGUGUAGGAGGUGGACAAACAGGAACAAACAUGAAAGCGAAACUGAAGAAACCCGCACAAAAUAUCCUUCCUGUUCCACCGAUGCCUCAGUUUCCACAGCAUCGAUGGGUUCCAAUGGAAGGCAAUUUGUAUGCUCAAAAUCAACCAUAUGAAUGGUAA